AGGAAUCCCCAAUCCGCCACUGGAGUCUGGAAGAAGACCGACCGACUCACCGACGGACAGCUUUUUGAAUUCUUCCAAUUUUGAGGCUUCUUCAUCUAAUCUUCGGAUCUUCUCUUGUCUAGCAAGCAGCCCAGGAGGUCUCCGACGAAGCUCCGGUGGGUGCACGGUUGAGGGAGAAGAAGAGGAAGAAGAGCUAGGCCGUUUGCGCAAAGCGUAGUCAUCGUUCCUCGUCAUCUUUGUAGCUUCAACGCAUCGUUUAGAGGCUUGGCUCUCCUUGUAUGUAGCAUCUGUUAGUUAGUCUCUGUAUGCAUAUAAAUACUCCUACAGCUGUUAAUGAUAACAAUCAAUCAUUCAUCAAUACUUUGCCUUCUAUAUGGUAUCGGAGCCCCUUCUUUAAACAGAUUGUUUUUUCUUUCUCCUGUGCCUUACGCAUCCGCGCGUUUCCUCUCUUUCCAAACAAUCGGCGAUGUCUUCUUCCAGCGUUGAGUCUCCUGAUUCUGGCUUGUCGCCUCUAUCAGAUCUCGUCCAGCCGCUGAUCUCUCUCGUUGACAACGCAGCCGAUGCUUGGUCUUGUUUGGCCAAAAGCCUUGCUAACAUGUCUCGCGGUCGGAUUAUUUCGUUGAAAUCUCAAUUGGCAAAAAAUCCCCGCGGAAAUCGUUCCAUUGAAGCCUUUGUUGCGGAUAUGACGGCUAUUGCAGCCGACCUUGCCUUGGCCAACAGUCCGGUGACAGAUGAGGAUCUCUCGGUUCAUAUUCUGUCUCAACUCGGUGAGGACUACUCGGCCCUUUACCAGUCGCUGCGGGGGUGUAACACUGACAUCUCCAUUGAUGAUCUCACUACUAUCUUGAAGGACUGUGAGCGUGAAAUUCUUAGCCGGUCUGCUGCCUCGGCGGACCUUAUUCCUACGGCAAAUCAUGCACAGCGCAUGCGCAAUGGUGAUCGUGGCGGAGCUUUUGGUCGUGGUGGUCACUUCGGUGUCUCUCGUGGAGGCAUGCGUGGACGAGGUACCAUCAAUUCAAAUCGUGGUGGCCGCUAUUGUCAGUUUUGUGAUUUGGCGAGCCAUGAUACCAAGUUCUGCAGGAAGCUUCAGCGGUUUUUACGAGACAACAACAUCACCAUUGCUCCUCACCGUCCAGACGGCCCUGCUGCUAAUGUUGCGGUGUCUACUAGGGCUGCUGGACCGGUGGACACUCAGUGGAUUGUGGAUAGUGGCGCCUCUCAUCAUGUGUCCAAUGAUCCCCAAUCGCUAAAUUCUCUCAUGGAGUAUGGUGGACCGGAUGAAAUUCGUUUGGGUAACGCUUUUGACUUCUUCUCUUCCGAUCCACAUGUGCAGGCUUGGCUCUCCUUGUAUGUAGCAUCUGUUAGUUAGUCUCUGUAUGCAUAUAAAUACUCCUAUGGCUG